AUGCAGCGCUCACUCCCGCGGCUCCGCAAGGCCGUUCCCGGUGUGGCGGAGAGCCAUUUUUUUACUUCCAUGCGAAAACAGAUCCUGACCGAUCUGCAAAGCAACACAAACGAUAAGAGUCUUGCGGGACGGGUGGAUCCGCAGAUCGCUGGGCUGGUGCACUACGUGAACAGCUCGUUUCCUCAGUACGUCACCAGCAGCUCGUGUGCAGGGCGGGUCUCUCUGUUCCACAAGGGCGGGAAGGAGUCAAAGGGGACAGCAAAGGUCACAGAAUCGACGUCGAAUCCGGAGGCCGUUGCAUCAGCGGCGGCCUUGCUUAUCGAGCGGCGCAAGCGUGGGUCUUUUGGCCAAGGCACUCUGUUCCAGUCGCACGAUGCCUUACCGGAAGACACACGCGGUGCGGUCGCAGAACUCAUCGUCCCGGCACUGGAAAAGUUUUGGGUGUGGCGCCAAACCCAAGCCUCCAAACCCGCGCUUUACGCCUCAGAGGUGUUGCAGCUGAAGUUUGAGCCGAUGAUUUUGCACGUGCUGUGCGCCGACAUCGAGGCAGCGGCAGAGCUGCUGAGCUGCGGCAGUGAAAGCGGCCAGAUGAACAGCGGCGUUGUCUCCUGCUCUCGUGGCACAAAAGAACACCGCAAGAUUACGUGCUGCAUUACCUCCCCGCUGUGCGUCGACGUUCCUCUCUUCGCACACGACGCGUGGUGUCUGCCACACGAGAGCUUCCGCAGCGACGCCUGGGCGACGUUUUUGAGCUGUACGGUGCGUCACAUCAACGUCCUUUUCGAGGAAAACACACGGCGGCGAGAACGCUUUAUUGCAGAGCUGCACCGCCGACUGGACAACACCGCUUCUUAA